AGUUCAGUUUUACUUUUCUCUGCAAAUGGUUUAGGGUCCUAUUAUGUGGUAUCAGAGCCCAUCGAUUGGGCCGAUAGGGCAAGGGCCACCGCAGUUGUCUGUUGCGGCGGCGCAAUGUCGGGUUUCACCUGGUUUUGCUCCGACGAGAACGGCGGUGUUGGACAGCAGCUCUGCUCAACCUACUGGUACAUACACUGGUUUCUCUCUCUAUUCGCAUUCGUAUACACCACAGAUUCCACCACCGCAAUACUACCCACCAUCACAAUCGUUCACCCAAAAUCCUCAAUUUCACACUCAGAUUAGUAGUAUGGUCGAUUCCACCCACUCCGUUUCCCCAAUAAAUUCUCAUAUGACCCAUUCCGUUUAUUCACUGACUACCACAAACCCCUAAUCACCUAUUUUACACCAUUUCCGAGAAAUUUCCAUUCACCAUGUCAACAUCCUCCAACUCCAAGUGAAAUCUAUCAGCAUUACCCCACCUACCCAGCCCCAUUUUAUUCCCUCAAACCAAUUCGCUCUUCCACCUCCCGCUUAUGAGCAACAACGUCUUGAUGAGGCAUUGCUGGAGACUAUGUACCAGUCCAAGGACCCCAAAGGGAAUUGGCUCACGUCUUUGACAUUAAGGGUCAAAUGGAGAUGACAAAUAAACUUUGUGAGAAAUUGCUAAAGGAGAAGGAUCAGCAUCGUGACAUUGCCAGCAUAGAUAUGAAGGCUAUGGUUGCUGAAAUUUCUACUCAAUCACUUGCAUAGCCCAUUCUUGGGUCUAUUUUACCGCAGUUGAUAAAAGGAAGUACUGCCCAGGGAAUGAAUACAGAGAUAAAAUGUGAAUGUCCUGAUAUCUUAUGCUAUGCCCUUCAUAAGUUUGGCGAUAUUAUGGCAACCGACCAUGAGCUGCUGUUGGGUGCUCUCUUGUCUCAGUUGAGCUCCAAUCAGAAAAACGUGAGUAAGAAAAGUGUGUCAUGCAUCGCAUCACUUGCUUCAAGCUUGUCAGAUGAUUUGUUGGCAAAAGCUACCGUUAGAGUUGUUCAGCACUUGAGCAAUAAAGGCGCAAAAUAUAAAAUGACUCAAACCUCUUUGUCUCAGAACAAAUCGGAGAAAAUGAGUUUGUUGUUUGCUGAUAAGUUUGAGAAAAUGGAAGGGAAUGCCAGAAUGAUGUUCGAUGACAUUUGGGGAAGAUGGAAAUCUCAAAUCACUUUUGGAACUUCAGUAGGCAUGAUUUGUGUCAUAGAGUUUAAUGAGGAUUUCUUUGGAUGUUAUAUGGUGUUAGAUAAGAAGUGGUUGGGAGAGACAAUUUGUAAUCUGCACCUUUGCAUGUCAUCUUUGGAUUUGAAUUUACUGCAAGUUCCAGUUCAUUUAAGUAACAGAGCCUUUGGCUUUACACGUGAGUGGCAUCUUGGAAACAUAAUUUGGAAUAUAGCAGGUAAUGCACAGAAGCUAUUUGUUGCUAUGCAUGGCAGAAUUGAAGCUCUUGUCAUUGAUCAGGAAAACAAUUUUCAGUGGGUUGAUUCUUAUCUUGAUAUGGUUAUUGGUCUUUUCAAAAAUGAUUUCAGCUCAUCUCCUUCAAGGAAUAAGGAGGGCCUCAUAUUAGUUUUAGGUCUUAGUAGUGGAACAAUUGAGGUAUCUUAUUUGGAGAUAUCUAAUGGUGUUUUUGAGGUGAUGGCAGUAAGCUGUGAGUCACUUGGAGGAGAGGAUUCUGACCAUGCUCGGCUGAACUUCAUAGUGAGUAAAUUCGCUAUAAUUAAAUUCACUGUUAGCUUACCUUACUUGAGACCUACUUGGUGCAUGUCUAAGCUUGUAACUUCUGGUAGUGUUGCUCUCUAUCAUGGAUACAAUGAACACAAGCGAUUCAAAUGUGUCAACAAUAUCAAGAUAUCACUUCUAGUGGGGAUUAUUUGGAUCAGGUGACACACAAGAAGCAUUUCAGGUUCUUCACACCGUUCUGACUCCAUUUCUUAUUGCUGAUUACUACCAUACAAGGUCACCCAAUGCUUUUGGAACUACCUCUGUAGCAUUCUUGUGCUUUCCCUUGGUCACCUGUGAUUCAUUAUCAGAGCAACUACAUUACUAUCUUAAGUCUCCUGGGGAAUUGCAAGGUUUUAUUGAUUGGAAACGGUGUCAAGGAUAUCAUGUUGUUUUUGGUAUUGCAGCGUUGAAGAUUUGCCUCUUUGUGCUUAUUGCUUGGUAUAUAAAUAUUGUGGCUGUGCUUGCAAUUUUCAUAAUUGAGCUUGAGGUCAAGCUUCAAGUGAAGAGGGGUGGAGUUGUUAGGAGCCCAAUUCCUAUUGGGCUUACUAUGACUACCCAGCCCAUCCUUAUGACCCGUUACCUGACGGUGUCGUUUUGGUCUAGAGAUGAGUUGACUGUAAGGGACUAUAUAGCUAGUUUCUCAUUCUGUAUUCGGUAGGCUUGAAAUGAAUGAAGUUUAGUUUUACUUUUCUCUGCAAUUUCCAUUUCUCAUGAGUUUAAGGUCCUAUUAACUCUGGUCGGAGAGAUCCCCACAGCCCGAUUGGACUGGACAGCAGAUGCCAGAGGUCGUGGUAAUCGAAUAAACCCAAGAUCUACCAGUCUCCGGUCGAGGUGCGUCACCGAGAUUUCUCCGUCUCCUGCCGGAGUGACUACAAAAUGUGAGAGUAGUACAGACAACUGUUCUCUAGAGGGGAACUCGAUCAUCUCCAUGACUCCAGGUAACCAUCCUCAAAGAAGAACGGGGUGGUGCUCAGUCUAAAAGAAAACCAUGCUGCUGCCUCGAUAAAAUACCCACGACGCCUUGUCAUCAACACAAGGUCCAAGUUCUGUAUAACACUAGAAUUUGUUUCUCUUGUAAUACUAGUUUCUCUUGUCUAUUACAGUGUAGUUCACCUUGCCAAACCAAAAUUCAUACACUAUUGUGAGUUGUCCAGCAAUGUGUAAAUUGAUCAUUGACUAUUUCUAUACAUGAGUUGUUGCACCAUCUAUCCCUUUUUGAGUC